AUUGUCUCGACGGAUGGAUUUUAUAGCUAUUGGAACUUGACUCAGAGAUCAGCUAGAUUUAAAAAAAAUGAAAAUGAAUGACUCAGAGUCUGCCCAAACGAAAGAGAAGCCUGAGAAAACGUGUUUAUCACGUUUGUUAUUCGCAACAGUUACUGUUGUGACGGUUGCGGCGUUAGUUUGUCUUAUCAUUGGAUUUGGAGAGUCUUCAUGGAUUACAGUGGAUAGGGGAAAUUAUACUGAGCAUAUCGGAAUAUGGAAAAUCUGUACCGGGAACCCUUCUGAAUGUUAUAGUGCCCCAAGCAGUGAUUGGAUGAGAGCUGUUCAGUCAUUCGCAGUUAUUGGAUUUGUACUGCUUUUCUUCUGUUUCAUCGUUUCUAUUGUACUUCAAUGUCCCUGUGAAAUCCAUAAGCGAUGGGCCCCAAUUCUAAUCGCUGUUUUCGGAGUGAUCUCCCUCCUCUUGUGUAUUGCAAUAUUUUCAAGUAAAAAGGAUGAGAUAAUAAAAGGGUCACCACCUCAAAGGUUCAGCUAUAGUUUUGGACUAUGUAUUACCGCAAUGAUUCUAGCAAUUAUUGUAGUAAUUUGCCUUAUUGUCGAAUAUAUCUUUACUGGUACAAAUCAAAAAGGGAAGGGAUAA